CUUGUAUAUCAAAAUAAAUAAACACGCACAGUGAGAAUUUUGCCGGCAAAACAUUUUGCAGUUGCAUAUUAUUUGUGCAGGAUGCAUUCCAACGGUGAAAACGGGAUAAAAUUUGACUUCCCAAGUCAAGUAUUCGUGGUUGAGUUUUCGCCUUUCGCGUGGUCCAAGGAUCUGGUUUGCAUCGGCACGGAAAACUCGAUCAUUCUGGGCGCCGUUCUCUUUCCAGAAGACCACUCAUGGGAAGAAUCAGCGGAUAGUGGAAAAGUUCAGCUGUACACACAGCUGAGUGACUCUGGCAGAGUGCUGGAGACCCGAGAUGUGUCGUUCAUCGAGUUAAAGACCCUGCAGCAGAAGCAGAGGCCGCAAGCAGCCGCCUGGAGCCCCGACACCACGCUCAGGGGUCUGCCUAGGCUGCUGCACUUCGCCGUCGCCUUGAGCGCCUCCACGGUGCAAAACGUGAACAUCAAGACUGACAACAUUAUCAAGGUGUAUAAGACGGAUCUGGGCGAGAGCACAAGCGUCGUCGACCUGGAAGGCCACCAGGACUACAUCAAUGCUGUGGCGUUUGAGCCUGAAGGCAGCUUGUUGGCUUCGGCUAGCGACGACCUCACAUGCAGGGUCUGGACCGCUAGGGAUGCCUCUGAUUACCGCCCACUCGAGUGCAAAUUCCACCUCAACUCUCCAGGAAUGGCUGUUUGUUGGCACACAGAAGAGACAGGCAAGCUGUUGGUAGCUGAAAAGAGCGGGUUGAUGCAGUUGUUCAACGUGCAAACGCAGCAGCCGCUGAUCUCGCUCGACUCGGGCUCCAAGCCCCUCAUGUCAGCACACUGGGCUCCCUCCAACAACACGCUGAUUGCCGCGCUGGCCGCAGGCGAAUUGACAGUUUGGGACAUUCAAAGGCCAAGCCAGCCAAUUGAGGUAAGGCCUGUCCAUCCGCAGGGCGGCCGUUGGGUUAAGUUCAGCAACAAUAGCGACAUGGUAAUUGCCACCCUGGGCCGGCCGGGCCAUCAACUCAAGGUGCACAACAUCACGGCAAAGCUGCCUAAACUGUCGCUUCCGCUGCCGAUCGCUUAUGGGCUGUCGUGGCACUAUCACUUGCCUUAUGUAGCCUUGGGCUGCGAUCACCAGCUCAUGAUGUGGAAAAUCGCGACAAAGUGAAGAAAACUCACCAAUCUCUAUGGUGAAAAAUCUGUAUAUUUUUUGUUUGUACAAAUAAAUAGCAAAAAUCCAUUUC